AUGAAUAGAGACAUCCUGAAUAAUUUUAAUGAACCAAAAGAACUCCUCAAACUCAAUUCCAUUCAUUUUAUUUAAAAACCACUUAAAUAAUUUGUGUGCAUCAAAAGGGAAAAUGCUUUACGUUUAUGUUUCUUCAGUUAACUAGACUAAUUAAUUUUAAUUAUAUAAAAUAUUGGUUCGUUAUAAAAGAUUAUGUAAUAUUUCUAAAUCUUAUUAUAUAUGAUAUUGGAAUCUCGAUUACAAUAGGACUAUUUAAAAUCUAUUUUAUUAUUUGUCAUUAGUCAACCAUUCUAUGUUGCCAUACUUUUGAUUUCUAGACAUUUUGCUUCGCGUAUUUGGAAGCCAUUUUAUUGCGAAAUAAUUGAUUAGAAUCAAAUAUCAACAUCACAUCUAUCAUCUUCUCUAUAUUCCUUGAUAAAAUGGAAGAAUCUAAUGACAAGGAAAAAUAUGAAAAACUGUUUCAAUUUAUAAUUCGAAUCAGUUGCAAUUAUUGAGAAUUUUGAGGUUCAAACAUCUGUAUCAUCAAUCCUUGAAAGAUGGUUUCAAUAUAAGAGAAGCACUGUGAGAAUAGGUUAAAGUAAGAACACUGGACUAGAUAAAUGGCGAAGUAAGAAUACAAUUAUGAUAAGCUUAAAAUUUAGAACUUUAAAAUUAGUUUUAUGUUGCCAAAAGAAAGGUAUUAUUCUGA